GUCAGUGUUUUAGAUUGAUGAAACAAUGUGAGGCUGACAUUUGCGUUUAUAAUUUGGAGUGGCUGGACACUCGCUCCUACUUGCGUGUGUGAAAAAAGAUCGUCAACUCAACCAUGCCAAAUGUCAAAUCCUGUCAAUUCACCAGCAAGAAAGAGACUCCAGAGAAUGGACAGUGAGAAAAAAAUCCAGUUGGCCGGCAGGGAAAGCAGCCUAAAGUCCCAGCUGCAGUGCAAAUCAUUGCGAAGCACGAGAGGGCUUUGUUUCGAAGAAUUGUCCCAGUGGUCGCUUUCGCUCGAAAAACUUAUAGCAUCAAAAUAUGGAACAAAAGUAUUCGAGGCCUUCCUGAAGUCAGAGUUCAGCGAUGAAAACAUAGAGUUUUGGAUGGUAUGCGAGGAAUACAAGAAGACCAGGUCCUCAUUUAGGAAGACAUACAAGGCCCAAAAAAUCUUCAAACAUUAUAUACAAGCCGGGGCCCCGAGAGAGAUUAACAUUGAUCACAAAACCAGAGACCUGAUCAGGCGAAACGUGAAGACAGGCGGUGCAGGCUGUUUUGAUGAGGCCCAGAGGAUCGUCUACGGGCUGAUGGAGAGGGAUUCUUACCCCCGCUUCCUCAGUCCAACUUUAAGAAAAACAAGAUCAGUGGAAGAGUCUCUUGAGGUGCUUCUUUGUCAAAAAGUUGGACAAACAGCCUUUCGGGCCUUUUUAAAGUCCGAAUUCUCUGAGGAAAACUUGGACUUUUGGAUCGCCUGUCAAGAGUUCAAAAGCUUGGACAGACUGGAUGAGCGUAAACAGAGAGCAUCACACAUUUAUGAAGAGUUCAUUAGCACGGAAUCUCCCUCACAGGUCAACUUAGAUUUUUACACAAAAGAGGUCAUCAAACAAAAUCUUCAACAGCCGGCUCCAUCCUGUUUUGUUGCAGCACAAAAGAAAAUCUACAAUCUGAUGGAGAAUGGAUCCUUUCCUCGAUUCAUUCAGUCGGAACACUGCAAAGAUCUGUUUAAAUGCACUUCUAAGCAACGAAACACUCGAAGACUGUGAUGAUGAAGAGUACUUGAAACAUCAAGGAUGAAUCUGCGCUACUCAUUCAUUCAUUUUCUGAACCGGUCCUACAUAAUACACAGCCUCAUCAGACUUAAAGGACUGCCACUUGGUGUGUUUAUAUCUAAUGUGACUGAGAAGAGCCCUUUGCAACAGACAUACCAUAUUUCUGAUGUAAAGUGAUAAUAUAAGGAACAUCGCAUGCCAUCCAUUAUUUUUCUAUCUCUCACCUUUACUAGUUGAAUGUGUAAUCUGUUGCACACCAACAAAAGAAUAAAGAUAGAAUAGACUAUUUGCCAUUGUACCAAAUACAACUGCACACUAUGUUGGAUUAUAUUGUGUGAACUGAAGAACUCAAUUCAGAUCAGAAUUGUCUUUAACAUGCAAACUUUAUACAGAAACCGUGAUUAAAAAUAUAGAACUGUUUUGUAUUGUUUGACUUUGGUAAAAUGUUUUCAUUUAAGAAUAGUAUUGUAUUUAUUCAAUAUGCAUCUUAACUUACCUAAGAAAAAUGUUGCUUAACUAGAGCCCA